AUGCGAGGUGUGAUGAGCCCCGUGCGCUUUGAAAGAAUACGUGUUCAGCAGCUCGCAUCUGGGAGGUGCGCGCAUCUGGGAGGGGCGCACAUCGCAUCUGGGAGGUCAGCACAUCCGGGAGCUCGAGUCCUCACGUUCCGCUCUGUGUCUCGCUGUGCUUCCUUCUGCAGCAUAUACAGUAGUGAUGAAGAUGAAGAUGAUGUUGAGAUGUAUGAUCACGAUUAUGAUGGUCUGCUUCCUAAGACUGGAAAACGUCACUUGGGAAAAACCAGGUGGACCCGUGAAGAGGAUGAGAAACUGAAGAAGCUUGUGGAGCAGAAUGGCACAGAAGACUGGAAAGUCAUUGCCAAUUUCCUUCCUAAUCGGACAGAUGUUCAGUGCCAGCACCGAUGGCAGAAGGUACUAAACCCAGAACUUAUCAAAGGUCCAUGGACUAAAGAGGAGGAUCAAAGGGUAAUAGAACUCGUGCAGAAAUACGGUCCAAAGCGCUGGUCUGUCAUUGCUAAGCAUUUGAAGGGAAGGAUUGGAAAACAGUGCAGGGAGAGGUGGCACAACCAUUUGAAUCCAGAAGUGAAGAAAACCUCCUGGACAGAAGAGGAAGAUAGAAUUAUUUACCAGGCACACAAGAGGCUGGGAAACAGAUGGGCAGAAAUUGCAAAGUUGCUGCCUGGACGAACUGAUAAUGCGAUCAAGAACCACUGGAAUUCCACCAUGCGCCGAAAGGUUGAGCAGGAGGGCUACCUUCAGGAGUCCUCCAAAGCCUGUCACUCCUCCGCAGCCACCGGCUUUCAGAAGGGCAACCACUUGAUGGCCUUUGCUCACAACCCGCCCUCUGCGCAGCUGCCAGGAGCCGGGCAGCCCCCGCUGAGCAGUGACUACCCCUACUACCACCUCUCGGAGCCGCAAAACGUCCCUGGUCAGAUCCCAUAUCCAGUAGCACUGCAUGUAAAUAUUGUCAAUGUUCCUCAGCCAGCUGCUGCAGCUAUUCAGAGACACUAUAAUGAUGAAGACCCUGAGAAAGAAAAACGAAUAAAGGAAUUAGAGUUGCUACUAAUGUCGACUGAGAAUGAACUGAAAGGGCAGCAGGCAUUACCAACACAGAACCACACAUCAAACUACCCCGGCUGGUACAGCACCACCAUUGCCGACAGUACCAGGACCAGUGGUGACAAUGCACCUGUUUCCUGUCUGGGGGAACAUCACCACUGUACUCCGUCUCCGCCGGUGGAUCACGGUUGCUUACCUGAGGAAAGCGCAUCCCCUGCGCGGUGCAUGAUUGUUCACCAGAGCAACAUCCUGGAUAAUGUUAAGAAUCUCUUAGAAUUUGCAGAAACACUCCAGUUAAUAGACUCCUUCUUAAACACCUCAUCCAGUCACGAAAACCUGAACCUGGACAACCCUGCACUAACUUCCACGCCAGUGUGUGGCCAUAAGAUGGCUGUUACCACGCCAUUCCACAGGGACCAGACCUUCAAAGCUCAGAAGGAGAAUCAUGCUUUCAGAACUCCAGCAAUCAAGAGGUCGAUAUUAGAGAGCUCUCCAAGAACACCCACUCCAUUCAAAAACGCACUCGCAGCUCAGGAAAUCAAAUAUGGUCCUUUGAAGAUGCUGCCUCAAACUCCGACUCAUCUUGUAGAAGAUCUGCAGGACGUUAUCAAGCAGGAGUCGGAGGAAUCGGCAAUAGUGGCUGGGCUACAUGAAAGUGGACCCCCUUUGCUGAAGAAAAUCAAACAAGAGGUGGAGUCUCCAACAGAUAAAGCUGGAAAUUUUUUUUGCUCGAAUCACUGGGAAGGAGAAAACCUGAACACUCAGCUCUUUACACAUGCACCUGCUAUGGAAGAUGUGCCAAAUCUUCUUACCAGCUCCAUUUUAAAGAUGCCUGUGUCUGAAGAGGAUGGUAGUUUUCACAAAACAUUUGCAGUACCUAGGAACAGGCCACUAGCUAGUCCUCUUCAGCACCUGAACAACCCCUGGGAGUCCGCGUCCUGCGGGAAGAUCGAGGACCAGAUGGCCCUGACGGAUCAGGCGCGCAAGUACAUGGCCACCUUCCCCACCCGGACUCUGGUGAUGUGAAAGGGUCGACGGACAGAGAAGCAUUAUGGUUUUGAGAACACUUCACCUCUGCUGGGAAAUUCCUGUUCCUCGGCAUGAAAACUUUUCAUGAAUGGGAGAAGAGCCUAUCUUUGUUGU